UUGGGGAUAAUUUUCCCUAACCCAGCCUCUUUAAAGCUUCACACACUGUCAAAUCUCCACUCCCCUUUUUUUAUAUGUUGUCCCGUGUGGUGGGCGAGGCGGCGUGUGGCGAGGGAGGUGGGCAGGCCGGGGUGGUCAGCUGAGUGGGAGGUCAUACGAGGUCACAGAGCCAGCCAGGAGGAGGAGGAGGAGGUCACACGGUCUCCUGUCAAUGGUCCAACAUGGCUUCCUCCAGCAGGGGAAUACAAAUUGGCUCGGCGUGGUUCCAGCGGAAAAUAAAGCUCCGACCACAGCACCGCGGGAUCCAUUUGGUUACCGACGAAGUUCUCAAGGAAAUUCCCGAGCUGCGGCAGUUCUCCGUUGGUCUACUGCAUGUCCAGAUUCUUCACACAUCAGCCAGUUUAGCGCUAAACGAAAACUGGGAUCCAUAUGUCAGAGAUGACAUGGAGAUGAUGCUCAACAAAAUAGUGCCUGAGGGGAUGCCUUACCGACAUUCCUGUGAAGGCCCCGAUGAUAUGCCGGCCCAUGUAAAAGCCUGCUUUAUAGGUUCCUCCCUCACACUACCCAUUUCAGAAGGCAAACUUAAUCUAGGAACUUGGCAGGGUAUAUGGCUAUGUGAACACCGGAACGAUGCCGGGCCACGGAAGAUCGUGGCCACCAUCAAUGGGUGCUUGAGGGAUGGACGAACCCCUGUCUCCCCUAUGUCCCCCAUGGCCUCUACAAGCAGCUAGAAAAACUCAACAUAGGCAUCUGAAGGUGUCUAGUGUAUUUUUCUAUUGGCUGUGCCAGGAACGCUACCGGCCAGCGGCGGCGCCCGGCGGAGGCUCCCCUGCUGUUUGUGUCACUGUUAGGAGAGCAUAGUGAGGCUCUCCCCACCACCCCACAACCCACACCACGUCCCGGCGCGCCAGCACCAUCUCAUGGCCACCGUACAGAAGGAGUGAACUGGGCUGCCUUGUUUUUCCAAUAUGAUUUAGCAUAAUUUCUCAUAGUCUUGUAUUUAGUUCAGUAAUGCCUGUUAUGCCUCUCCCUCGGUUUUAUGAUAAUUCUAACCGUGUUAUAUAUUAUGGAUUAUUCUUUUGUUUUCCCUAAAGGAAGUUUUGCAUAUGUUGUUUAAUGUUAUGUGCAUAUGUUUAUUUGUUAUGGAAUUUAUCUAAAUUUAUGUAUUUUCUUUUUAUUGUUAUGGUCCUUUAUUCUUUCUUUCUGUAUGACUUUAAUAUAUAUGAAUGACUA